AUGACGACCAGUGAUGGCGUCACACUUCGUCAUCCACCAAUACCAAUGGUUGAUGUUCAUCCACGAUUAGAUAUUGAUACAAUAUCAAUUCUUAGUUCUCAAUCAGAUAGUGUUCAACAUUUAUCAUCAUAUAUUGAAUCUGACGAUGAAGGUAAAGGUUUAGUUGGAAGUAACUCAUCUCGUUUACAUGAUGCUAUUGCUCAAUCAUCUUCGUUAACAUCAACAUCUCAACAUCAACCAUCAGCUUUUAAAAAAGAUUGGGCGAUGUAUUUAACAAAACCAAGUAAUGGUAGUCAUAAUAAGCAUCGUCAUCAUCAUAAUGAAAGUUCAAGUGAAGCAAGUGAAAGUGAUGAUGAUGAAUCGUCAUCAAGUAUAUCCGAUGAUGAUGAUAGUGACCAAGAUUUUGUUGAUGAUCCAUGGACAAUAAAUACUGUACAACGAGAAUAUUAUACUAAACAAUUUAAAGAUAUACAACCAGAUAUAACUAAACUUAUUAGUGGUAAUAUAGCAAAAGAAUUUUUUGAACGUUCACGUUUACUAACAACUGAAUUAUCUCAAAUAUGGAAUUUAUCUGAUGUUAAUCAUGAUGGUGCAUUAUCACUUGCUGAAUUUUGUACAGCAAUGCAUCUUGUAGUGUUACGUGUCAAUGGUUUUGAAUUACCCGAUGAACUUCCACCACAAUUACAACCAUAUACACCACUUAUUGAUUUAUCUGAUUCAAUAACUAAUCUACCACAAAUCAAUGAACAAUCAGAAAAUUGGGCAACUUUUAAAAAUUCAAACAGUGAAAUAACAAAUAAUAUAACUUUAAAUAACGAUGAAAAUCCAAAUUCACCAAAACAAUUUAGUUAUGGACCACCAAUUGCUGACAAUCAUCGUAUUGUAGCACCAGUUGCUCUUCGUCUAUCACCACCACCGCCAUUACCACCACUAUUUGUUGCUCCUACGACAACAACAACAACAACAACAGUAAAACCACCGCCACCUCCGCCACCACCACGUGCACCUGGUCGAACAGCAUCUAUUGAUGUUGCUCAUCAACCAAUGUUACCACCGCGUACAAUAGUUAAUGAUACACCUCAACGUAACGUACCAUUGACAACAAAUCAUAAUAGUAAUAGUAGUUCAUCUACAAAUACUACACCAUAUCUUUAUAAUCGAACACGUCCAUCAAUAGCAUCGACACCUCAACAAUCUGAUCCAAAUAUUUUACUUGGACAAAUACGUGAUUUAAUUCAACCAGAUCAUUUACAAGAAUUAGCAUCAAUUAUAUCCACACCAUCAACAACUACAAUUGAAAAUCUUCAUACAGCAUUAAAUCAAACAAAAACUCGAAAUUCUGUACUUAAAGCACAGCUUAAACAUUGGGAAGAUCGACUUACUGAUCUAAUUGAUAAACGUAUAUCAUUAGAACUUCAAUAUAAAUUAGAACAACAACAACAACAACAACAGCAAUAA